AUGACACAGAAACAUGAGAAAAUACCUCUGAAACGGCAAAUGCUGAUGAAAGAAGAACUUGCUGAAAUAAAAGAAAUGAUAAAGGAGAUGCAAAAAAUCAAGGAAGAAACUGAAUACCUGUUUGAGGUGCUUCCUAGCUGGAGCCAAAAUGACCCAGAAUAUCAAGUAAAGGCUAUUGUGAAUCGAGCUUUGAAGCUUUACAGUGAGGAUCGCAUUGGUCUAGCUGAUUAUGCUCUUGAAUCUGCAGGUGCAUCUGUGCUUACUGCCUAUUGCUCAGAAACAUAUGAAAAACAACAAAUUAUUGUGACUUUGUUCGGGAUUCCCUUAUGGUACCGACAACAAUCACCAAAUGUCAUCCUGCAACCAGAUGUAUAUCCUGGGAAUUGUUGGGCAUUUGCUGGCGAUAAAGGCUUUGUGACGAUUAAACUGGCUUCAAGAAUCAAACCAACGGCAUUUACACUGGAUCACAUCCCAAAAUCAGUAUCUCCAAUAGGCUCGAUCAACACUGCACCAAGAGAUUUUUCAAUCUUUGGCAUCAGUGAUCCCGCUGAUAUGACCAUGAACCUUCUUGGGAAAUACACAUAUGACAAAAAUGGCAGUCCAAUACAGACCUUCUUGGUUCAGGCUAACCCUGUAAGAAGCUACAACAUAAUCAGGAUGAAUGUGGACAGUAAUUGGGGCCAUCCAGAAUACACGUGCAUUUAUCGUCUUCGAGUGCACGGGGAACUAGUGAAUUAG